AUGCAGAAGCACUUACACAGGCCUCCACUAUCAAAAACUAAUGAACUAGAUUUGUGCAUCACUUCUGGCUCUCUGGAUGGAUUAACAAAAAGUUUUGAGAUGUUGGUUAGUGCUGGUGACCAGGUGCUCAUUGAGCAACCUUUGUGUUCUCAUGUCAUAUCAGCUUUAAAGCCUUUAGAAUGUACAAUAGUGCCUCUUGAAACUGAUAGUCAUGGAAUCACGCCAUCAUCACUUGCUCAAAUUAGUAAAUGUGGAAAUAACAAUAACUCAAUGAAGUUUCUGUACACAUCACCAAAUGGAAGCAUUCCAGCUGGCAUUACAACAACAUUGGAGAGAAAAGAGAUGGUCUACAAGUUUGCCCAGGAAAAUGAUCUUCUGAUCUUAGAAAAUGAUCCGUACAGUUUCCUACAAUAUACAAAGGAGCCAGAACCGAGUUAUUUAUCAAUGGACGUUGAUGGAAGGGUUCUGAGGUUUGAUUCGCUCUCUGCAGUCAUCUCACCUGGUCUUCAGAUUGGGUAUGUCACAGGCGCUAAAGCAUUGAUUGAACGAAUCGUCCUGCACGUUAUGGUCUCAUCCAUGCACGUUUCUACACUUUCACAAGUUAUGACACUUGAACUGCUCAAAGAAUUAGGUUAUGAUGGAUUCAAAGAUUAUACUAAUAGUGUGGCAGAAUUCUUUAAGGAUAAGCUGAAAGUUGUUUUAAGGGCAGCGGAUAAAUAUCUCAAAGAUUCUAUUGAAUGGACGGUGCCUCAGGGUGGUGUCUGUCUGUGGAUGAAACUAAAGAAUGGAUACCAAUAUGUUGGCGAAUUCGAAGAAACUACCGGCUCUAGUCAUAUUAUUUUCGCAAGUGGUAAACAUUUUUUUGUGGACCCACCUAACCAUGCCACCGACUACAUUGUAGCUUUUUUCUACUAUUGUUUUGAAGAUAGUGAUGAUUCAAUAGAUUAUAAACACGUUUGGGUUUGUUGCAUGGAUAUAUCGGUAAUCUCGGAGACGGCAAAGUGGUUUUUCCAGAAAUAUUUAUUUAUAGUCAACAGUUUAAAGAGACUCAUAAGUUCCACCCACGAUGCAACUAAUAAUCUAAAUACAGCCUGUAUGUUCGUUGCACUUGUUCCUAAGAUCCUAAAUUCUAUUGCUUGA